AUGCGUCGUUUUUUUACCAUUGUGAAUACAGACUUUUUUUCUUACCUUGACUUGCCAUCGUUGCAUUUUUCGUGCUGGCCUCCUCAUUUCCCUCAUUGCACGCCAUCUUUCCGCACUACUGUCGAAUCUACGAUGCAGCAGAUCGGCGGCCACCAGCGCUACCCCCUAUUCUUUUCUCCUUGCGCGCACGCCGUCUCCAACGCCGUUUCUCCGGCCCCCAAUCUUCUCUCAAGCUUCAUCUGUCCUUCUUUCUCCCUUGCCUACGAACAGACGGCACAGUGCACAAAAAGCGCAUAGCGCUAAAUUUGGAGGAUCCCUCUUCUUUCUCUCUCUCUUUUCUGCGAAGUCCGAUGGCCUAGGCUUGAAAUCGACUAGUGUCUUUGUCAGACUGGUGUGUGCACAGUUGUUUAUUUUGUUUCGAUGUAUUGUCCGAACACAGAUGUAUGAUU